UCACUCAAAGAUGGCGUCAGCUUUGGAGCCUCCGGUCUCUGGCUGCAUUUUUGGGCUUGUUGUUGUCUCCGUUUCGAGCGAUUUUUUGCACGUUCUGCGCGGCCACUCGACUCUGAACCCCGGCCUUGCACGCUGCUGAGGCCCAUUCGGCAUGACGGUGAUCAGCCUUCGCUGUUCCCUGGGGUGAGAGACCUGUUGGACGCAGGCUGAGAGAGCAGCGCGAACCAAGGACGGCUGGGGCCCACGUGACGCGCACGCAGCUGUGUCCUCUUCGGGAUAUUUCACAACGAUUCCUGCAUCGUUUUCUUCCAUCCCUGGGACUCUUUUUGUUUUACAGCACCACAAGCUACAAGUUUCGACAGCAACGACGACUUUUGUGUUGCGGAGGGUGGUCGGUUUGUGUCCGAGACAGUUGUGUGUUGGCAUCUGGUCUGGUGGAGGUACACUGGUCUGUCGCGAGGGCUCCAGCGGUGCAACACCCCUCAUUUUGUGUUUGCUCCCUCAUCUUGUUCCCCUGCAGCCCGCUUGCCUGCCAGAGGAGGUGGGCCAGCGGAGGAGGUUCUGUUUUGGGGGGGGUGGGAGGGGGCCUGUGCUAUGGUGAGCUGUUCCCUGCCGGGCUUCUCGUGCUCAGGCUGUGAGGGACUCUCCGUGCGGCCCCGGAACAAAGGAUAGUCUCUGGGUGGAGGAGUAGGAGGUGGAGGCGGAGGAGGGGCGGCGCUAGGGCGCGGGCCGGGCCGGGCGCUUCCUGGAUGGGUGUGUCGGCAGGCCGCCGCCGCAGCCAAUCAUCAACCAUGGUGAAGCUGGCCAACCCUCUAUAUACGAACUGGAUCUUGGAGGCUAUCAAGAAGGUGAAGAAGCAGAAGCAGCGUCCGUCCGAAGAGCGCAUCUGCAAUGCGGUGUCCAUGUCCCAUGGCUUGGACCGCAAGACCGUGCUGGAGCAGCUGGAGCUCAGUGUCAAGGAUGGCUCAAUUCUUAAGGUCUCCAACAAGGGGCUCAAUUCCUACAAGGACCCUGAAAAUCCUGGGCGCCUGGCCUUCCCCAAACCACGUGGCGGGGGUGGGGCCAGCGGUGGAGCUGCAACUGGGCCAGGCCGGAAGCCGGGCCUGGACUGGAACAAGCUGAUCAAGCGGGCUCUGGAGGGGCUCCAUGAGCCAGGUGGCUCCUCAUUGAAAAGCGUAGAGCGCUUCCUGAAAUGCCAGGCUGAUGUGGCAGCACACCUAUCCGCUGGGGGCCCUGCGGGUCCUACUCUUUUCCACCAGCAGCUGCGGGUGGCCGUGAAGCGCGCCGUAGCCCAUGGCCGGCUUCUCAAGCAGGGCCCGCUUUACCAGCUCAGCGGCUGGGGCACGCAGUCUGAGAGUCCCACUCGUGUCUCGUUGGACUCGCUUCCACCUGUCCGCCUGCUGCCACAUGAGAAGGACAGGCCGGUGGCAGAACCCAUUCCCAUUUGCAGCUUCUGUUUGGGGACAAAAGAGCAGAACCGGGACAAGAAGCCGGAAGAGCUCAUCUCCUGUGCUGACUGUGGAAACAGCGGCCAUCCGUCAUGUCUGAAGUUUUCCCCAGAGCUCACGGUGCGAGUAAAGGCUCUUUGGUGGCAGUGCAUCGAGUGCAAGACGUGCAGCUCAUGUCAAGACCAGGGCAAGAAUGCGGAUAACAUGCUGUUCUGCGACUCUUGUGACCGGGGCUUCCACAUGGAGUGCUGUGACCCGCCCCUGAUGCGGAUGCCCAAAGGUAUGUGGAUCUGUCAGAUCUGCCGGCCUCGGAAAAAGGGAAGAAAGCUUUUACAUGAAAAAGCAGCACAAAUCAAACGGCGAUACAACGCACCACUGGGGCGACCCAAAAACAGGUCAAAGCGACCCUUCAAGAAACUGCGUGGGCCAGGAGGGCGGGGCCGGCGGCGGCGUGGGGUGACAGGAGGGGCAGACCGCCGCUCCCAGGGUUCAUCCUCGCCACCCUCCUCCUCGGGCUCGUCCUGUGAGGGAUAUCCUGGAGAUGAUCGACUGCUGUUCUCCUUGAGGAGCGAGGAGUCUACUGAGGGAGGACUGCGUUACAACAAGAAGACCAAGGGCCUGAUUGAUGCCCUUACCAAGUUCUUUACCCCAUCCCCGGAUGGUCGCAAAGCCCGAUCCGAGGUAGUGGACUACUCCCAGCAAUACCGUAUUCGCAAGAAGGCCAGUCGCAAAGGGGAGGCUGAAGAUCGAACUGGAGACAAUCAGGAGUGUGGGGAUGACUGGCAUGAAGAUGAGGAAAGGUGGCCAGGGCAGGAGAACCUAACAGAGAAGGAUGUGGAGCUCUUCCGCCACAUCCAGGAACUUGCCCUGCAGAAAGUGGGGGUGACAGGACCCCCAGACCCCCAGAUGCGCUGCCCAUCUGUCAUAGAGUUUGGAAAGUACGAGAUCCAGACGUGGUACUCCUCUCCCUACCCGCAGGAGUACAGUAGACUGCCGAAGCUGUACCUCUGUGAAUUCUGUCUUCGCUAUAUGAAGAGCCGCAGCAUACUGUUUCAACACAUGCGCAAGUGCAACUGGUUUCACCCCCCAGCCAAUGAGAUUUACAGGAAGGACAAUGUUUCUGUGUUUGAGGUGGAUGGAAAUGUCAGCACAAUCUACUGUCAGAACCUAUGUUUGCUGGCCAAACUCUUCCUGGACCACAAGACCCUGUACUAUGAUGUGGAACCCUUUCUCUUCUAUGUUCUGACACAGAAUGACAGCAAGGGCUGCCACCUGGUGGGGUACUUCUCCAAGGAAAAGCACUGUCAGCAGAAGUACAACGUUUCCUGCAUCAUGAUUCUUCCUCAGUACCAACGCAAAGGCUAUGGGCGCUUCCUCAUUGAUUUCAGUUACUUGCUGUCUAAGAGGGAGGGCCAGCCAGGCUCCCCUGAGAAGCCUUUGUCGGACCUGGGCCGUCUCUCUUACAUGGCCUAUUGGCGCAGUGUAGUGCUGGAGUGUCUGCAUGAGGUGCGUGACCGGCAGCUCACCAUCCGCCGCCUCAGCAAGCUCACGGGCAUCUGUCCCCAGGACAUCACCACCACGCUGAACCAGCUUGGCAUGCUGGAGCACCGUGAUGGCAGGUUAGUGCUGGUGCGCCGGGAGAAGCUGGUCUCCGCCCACAUGGCAAGACUGCGUGCCAACCCACGGCAGCUGGAGGUGGACCCCGACUGCCUACGCUGGACCCCUGUCAUUGUCACCAACACAGUGGUGUCAGAGGGUGAAGGGGAAGAAGAUGAUGAGGAUGAUGAAGAUGAGGAAGAAAAUGCAGAAAAUGAUACAUGCAAGGAGGUCAAACCCAGCAGGACAAUUUCUCCUUUACCCUGGCACACACGAGGCGAGCGGGAGAAUGCAGAAGACAGGAGGUGUCCACCAGCCUUUCCCACAAGUCAUGCCUCCCCAACAUCUUCACCAGUGCGCACUGGCCCGCCAGCCCUUGAUGGGCCCCCUCCCCCUGCCAAUGGGGAGCGCCGGGGCCGAGGCCGACCACCAAAGAGUUGGUUGUGGGGCAAAGUGAAAGACAGUCAGCGGGGGCGUCCCAGGAAGGUGCGAGUGAGCGGGGAGGGUCGUGAGGAAGAAGGGGCUGAUACCCAAGAGGCCCGGGCCCCCUCUCUCUCGCCAGUUGUGCUUGCUCCGGAGAAAGAGCCUGAGUACCACCCUGGUCGACCCAAGGACAUCUCCAGGCACCCUGCAACAUCAGCUCCACGUAGCAGGGGGCGUCCUCCCCGCAAGAAGAGGGGCCCCAAGCGCCGGCCAAGUGAGGGGCCUGGGGAACCCCCACCACAACUACCCUUGGCCCCUCGACUAAGUGAGCCCCCGCCCAUACGCAGGAGUUGCUUCAGUGAGAGCAGUGAGGAAGAAGAUGAUGAACAGCUAAGGCCCUGCUCACCACCUAUCCUAACCAAGCCUACCAUGGGCCUGAAGUGCAAGAAGCCUCUUCGUAAAUGGCGCAUGCACCAGCGCAACCACCCACACAGCAGCGUAGUGACGGAGACCAUCUCGGAGACCACAGAGGUCCUGGAUGAGCCCUUUGUGGAUUCGGACACUGAGAGACCGAUGCCUCGACUGGAGGAGGAGACUCCACUAGGUUGCCCACUACGCCGCUACCCUCCUUCACGAAGGCACAUGGGUCCCCCAAGCAAGAGGGGGCGUCGUGCACACCUCACAGAGUCGGAGGAAGAAGACGGCACCCCAGUUCUGAAGCCCAUUGCCACGCUGCACAAGACUGAGCCAGCUGCCAGAUUGGAGGGAGAUGCUCCUACAGAGGCAGAGCCAGCUCCCAUCAAGAAGAAGAAGGGCUGGCCUAAGGGCAAGAGCCGCAAACCGCUGCACUGGAAGAAACGUCCCGGCAGGAAGCCAAGCAGCGGGGCCAACCAGGAUGCCGGCGAAGAGGGAGGUGCAGGUCUGGAAAACCUGGCUACAGAGGACCUGCCACCUCCCAAGAUUAAAAUGAAGCCAGGUCGCAAGCCACGGAGCUACUACCUGCAGCGGGCCCAGGAGGAGGCUGCCAGGCAGGAACUGGAGAGAAAGCGACUACUACAGCAGGACAAAGAGGAGAAGGAGGAGCUGGAAGAUAGGUCUGCUGGCAAGAGGUCCAGGAUCCCUGACCAUGAUGGUGAGAAACAGAAAGAUUCAGAAGAAGAGGAAGAGGAAGAGGAAGAUGAGGACAACUACCUGGAGAAGCGCAGAGAUGAAAAACCUAAGCGCAGAGGGCGACCUCCAAAGAACACUUCCUUGCCAGCACCUGUCAGCAAGUCUGCAAUUUCAGAGGCUGAGGAAGAGGAGGAGCAAGCCUGGGUGGGCGAGAAGCCCAGCCGCUCAUUGGCACGCCCCUUCUCCUCUGUCCCCCGGGCCCCCCAGCCUAGGCCACAAGUGGAGGUUGCAGAGGAGGUGGAGGAAAGGGAAGAGGAAGCUUGUGCAAGCAUAGCCAAUAAGAGGCCAGCUGUAAUCACAGGCAUAGGAGGGCAGCGCGGCGAGGACCAUGACGCAGAUGACGAGGGGGAUGGCCAUCUGGAGGAAAAGGCUAGUGCCAGCAGCAAAAAGAGGAAGGUACAAGAUUCAGAGGAUGAAGAAGAGGAGGAUGAUGAGGAAGAGGAUGAGGAGGAUGAGGAGCCUGUCUCUCCUGUGCACUCUCCCCCUGUGAAAGAGGAGCCACCAGGGGGUGAAGGUUUUUUAGACACAGAGGGGAGUGCCGCGAGGGAUUAUGUCAGCAAACAGGAAGAUGAGCCAGUGGAGGAGGAAGAGCCGGAAGAGGAACUGGAGGAGCUGAAGACUCGGAUGGACAGCCAGGACGAGCGGCGGAGACGGGAGCAGGAGGAGUCGUCUGCAGCAGCAGCUGCAGCAGUGGAGACCGUAACAGCCAUGUCUGUGCCCCAGGAGCCCCUGGAUCUCCAGCCACUACAGCCAGAAGACAAGGCCGUGCUUUUGAUCGAGCCAGAGCACUCGCACUCCCAUCCUCACGAGGACUUCAAAGAAGAGCUGAGCCACCAUGCUCACCAUCACUCCAGUGAGCUAGACCUGGAGACAGUGCAGGCUGUGCAGUCGCUCACCCAGGGCGAGGCACAGGAUGAGGAGCCAGAGCCCCACGGCGCCUACCAGGACUGCGAGGAGACUCUGGCCGCCUGCCGUACUCUGCAGAGCUACAGCCACGGAGAGGGUGAGGAUGAGGCCUUGGCCCUGGUGGAGGACUGUGGAACCUCUCAGCACAGCAGCCCCUUGCCCAGCGCACCCCUGCCUCCCCUGGCCGGCCAGUCGGUGCGCUCCGUCAACAGCCCAGGAAUGACCCCGGGGGCAUUGGAAUCUGGGCCAGGGGGAGGAACAGGUGCUGCUGGAGGGGGAGGUGGUGGAGGAGGUAACGGGUACAGCCAGAUAACCCCAGAACAUCCCAGCUCACUAUCGGCGCCAUCUUUGCAGAACAUGGAGACAUCCCCCAUGAUGGAUGUGCCAUCGGUGUCUGACCACUCUCAGCAAGUGGUGGACAGUGGUUUCAGUGACCUGGGCAGUAUCGAGAGCACUACAGAGAACUAUGACAAUCCCAGCAGUUAUGACUCCACUAUGGGCAGUGGGGGCAACGGAGGGGGCAAUGGCGGGGGCAGUGGAAACGGCAUAGCCGCGGCAGUGGUAGCAGCCGCCGCAGCAGGUGCUGUGCCCUCAUCUGCCUCUUCGUCAUCCAGUUCUGCGCCUCCAUCAUCUUCCCAAGCAAAUGGCUGCCCCUUCGUUUCAGCGCCCGGCCUCACGUCUUCCAGCGCUGCGGUGGGCUCCCAGCUUGGCCUGGGCAGCUGCAAUCUGAUCCAGCAGGCUGGGCCCAGUGCAAAUGGCACGGGGAGCAGCAGUGGCACUGGCAGCGGUGUCCCCCAACCUCCCCCACCUCCACCUCCUCCCUCUAACACCCCCAGCUGUGGCAUUAAGUCUCCCCAGAGCUGUGUGAUUGAAAGGCCACCUAGUGCCAGUCAGCAGGCCCAGAAGAAGACUCCUCAAGCCCCCCAGCAGCAGCAGCAGCAGGCCCACAACCCGCAGCCCCCGCCCUCUGCACCCCUGCCCCCUCCGCAGCAGCAGCAAGCGCUCUCCCAGUGCAGCAUGGGCAAUGGCUUCCCCUCCACGCCCAUGAUCAUGGAGAUCCCCGAGUCGACAGGAGGUGGGGGUGGUGGGCGCAGCUUGUAUGAGCGCAUGGGCCAGGACUUUGGUGCGGGCAGCUACUCUCAGGCCACGUUCAGCCUGGCCAAGCUGCAGCAACUCACCAACAACAUCAUGGACCCUCAUGCCAUGCCCUACUCACACUCGGCUGCUGUCACCUCCUAUGCCCCCAGCGUGUCGCUGUCGAAUCCUGGCCUGGCGCAGUUGGCGCCGUCUCCACACCCACCCCUGCCGCAGGCGCAACCCACUAUGACGCCCCCUCCCAACCUCAGCUCGAGCUCCAUGAACCUGAGCUCCCCACUGCUCCAGUGCAACAUGCCUGGGGCAAACAUUGGCCUUCCACCCCCACCACACACGCAGCGGCUGCAGGGCCAGAUGGCAGCAGUGAAGAGCCAUACGCUCUCCAUACGCUCGAAGGCAGCUCAGCUGCCUGCCGGCUCGCCACACCAGCAGCAGCUGUAUGGCCGCAGCUCGGGUGCGGUGGCGAUGCAGGGCUCUCCCCGCACCUUGGCCGUACAGCGCGGCAUGAUGACCAACCUCAUGCCCACGCCGGCUGCCUACAACUCCAUGAACAUGAACCCUCUGAACGCAAUGCCAGCUGGCUACCGCAUGCCCCAGCCCAUGAUGAACAGCGGAUACCACGGUACCUCGCCAUACAUGAACCAGGCCACCCAGUACCCCAUGCAGAUGCAGAUGGGCAUGAUGGGGGGGCAGGCCUACGCGCAACAGCCUAUGCAGCCCAACCACCACGGCAACAUGAUGUAUACGGGCCCUUCGCACCACAGCUACAUGAACCCUGGCGUCCCCAAACAGUCGCCUUACAUGAGCAGAUGAGCGCCAGCGAGCAAGUCGUCGCGGGAGGAGAGUACGGCAGGCCGGCUGACAGCCCGCCAUGGGACUCCGCUUUUUCAUACUGUAUUCAUGUAUAUUUGCCCUCUCUGGAGCGAGAGAGAGGAGGAGAAAAGGGACAUUGUUUUCCUCUGUUUAUCGUUUUGUUUCCCAAGAACCAUUUUCUAACAAGGGUGUUUUUGGAAAGGGAGUUGAAGUGUACAUGGACCUUUUUGUGUGGCUGGACACUUGCUCUGCAGGACCAGGCUACUCCUGGCUGCUUCCAUUGUGACUGAACUGGGGAUGGGAGAGGAAGGGGGAGGGGGGUGUGAGGCAGGGUGGGGCAGUAGGGCUCCUCAGUUGCCCAGUACACCACCACUAAUUUACAGCAAGCAAGGGGGAGGGGCCUGACCUUUUCAUCUGAGAAAGGAAAUACAAAAAAACCAUGGUUAAAAAAAAAAAAAGCUAAGUUGAACCAUGUACACAAUCUUUUAAUUGACAUAGGAAGCCUUAUCUAAAACAGACAAAUUGUAGAUGGACUAUCUUUUAUAUUUUUUAAUUUUCUGUUUUUUGACUGUUGAAACGCUUGUGUGAAGUCCAACAUCCUUUUUAUGUUUUGAAUUUCUGUGUGUAUGUGUGCGCGCAUGUGUGUGAGAUUCUACAAUGUUGAUUCACAGUUCUCUCCUGUACACACGCGUGAUAAUUUCACUCUGUCGUUACUUCAGACGUGGGUCCACUUCUGUUCGGUGUGACUGGAGGUGUGGGUCUAGUGAAGGUGUGCUGUAAAACGUGGAGUGUCCAGCGUCCUUGUCUUCCUCGUACAGUCCAGGGCCGCGUCCAUGUCUGGGUACAACAACGGCAGCGGCAGCAGGCGAGCUGACAUCUGCAGUAACUGAACUAUGUCCAGAGCUAUUCCCUGGACAACUGUGGCUCACAGACUUUCACACAAGUAUAUAGCUCCGCAUAUUUGGAACAUGGGUAUUCCUCUUUGUGUGUUUGCAUAACUCUCUCGUCAGUGCAGUUACACUUCUUUAACACACUCCAGCUGUGUUUGCUCUUAGUUCAGAUGGCACUCGGAAUUGCAAGUUAGAGAUGUCUUCCCCCCAUAUAACCGGCUCCACUGAAGAAAACUCUUUUUCUGGAGCUGAAGCACUUCAGUAGGAGCUCUGAUCCCGGAACAGCGAGCAUCACACCUGCCCAUCAGGCUUCGGUCACAUUGGCCUUUUAAAAAAUGACUCCUACAUGUGCAACACAUGACCUGCAUAUUCACUGAAGAAGCCACCUUUUGGUUCUGGAAAGGAGGAUUAUGGGUUGUUUUCUGCAACUCCAUGAGACACGCGGUGGCUACAAAGACAUUGAUAAAUGUAAGAAAUGUAUUCUUUAAAGCUGGUGGUUUCGUCCUCUUUCAACAGUCCCGCAGCCUCCAGUGAUGCAUCACGAAACCCGAGUCACACACACACAAACACACAUGGUAGGACAUAGGUGUAAAAAUAGAUGCCGUCCUGGACGGAAAUUACCUUAGGAUGAGGGGUAGAGACGUUGUUCCAAAUGUUCACUGUUCCAGUAUUCAAAUUCUGAGGAUACUUUUCUUACAGACCUGACGUUUCAUAUAUUAUUUGUGUGUUUUGUUCUGUUUUCUCUGAAUUUUAUCAGACUGGGCAGCUUUCUUUUAUGACACAAGCUGACUCUUUUUGACUUUAGAAAUCCUAUUGUAGAGAAAAUGUUUUUUCUAUAAUAUAAAAAGAAACUCUGACAUUGAUAUUGGUACUGUCAUUUUUUUCACUUCUGUUUCAGGAAAAAAAAAAAAAAACUAAAGGUAUUUUUUAGCUUGACUUGGGUAAUAUUAUUAAGAAAUUCAAAACUAAAAAAAAUUACAACUCACUUUUAGUGAAUUUAAGAUGCCUUUAACCUUUCCAUUCCAUCCCAUCUCUAGAGUUUUCUAUCUUUGUGUAGUAUAUUAAGGCUAUUUUAAAACAAAAGGAAAAAACAAAUAUCUAAAGGUCACUUAGCGUUCUUUUCUUUUGUUUUGAUUUCUUUGUGUGUGUAUAGGGCGACUUCCUUGCGUCUAAGAGGCAUGUAAAAAUGAGCUCAGUAUAUUUCUGUCUGUUUAUAUCGCUUCCCUUUUUGUACCCUUUGUAAUUGUACAUGGUGAGGUGUAAGCCACGAGCGCGCGCGCGAGAGACGGGGGCGCGAGAGGAGCCGCUCCCCCCACACACCCCCCCCACCCCCACCCCCACCCCCCCGCGAAGGCUCCCUCGCCUCUCUGCUUUGUCCCUGUAUGUAUUUCCACUUAUUCGUUUUUUUCUUUCUUAGCAAGUACUUUCAAAGAACUCUGUACAUUUUAACAUAAAACAAAAAU